CUGCAUCGCUCUGCAGCAUCAGUACCAGGACUAGGAUCACCUUCAGCGGCCGCAGAACAGCAUCCCCCAAACCCCUUUACCUACUACCGCCAGCGGGGACCCCGAGAAAAUAAAGCCGAGAGACAGACAGUGAGCGCCGGCCGGACACGCACCGUCAGCCGGGCAUCUGCCAACAUGAAAGACCGCACGCAGGAACUGAGAAGCACUAAAGACAGCGACGAUGAUGAAGAGGUGGUUCACGUCGAUCGAGAUCAUUUCAUGGAUGAGUUUUUCGAACAGGUGGAGGAGAUCAGAGGAUGUAUAGAGAAGCUGUCCGAGGACGUGGAGCAGGUGAAAAAACAGCACAGUGCUAUCCUGGCAGCUCCUAACCCUGACGAGAAAACCAAACAGGAGUUAGAAGAUCUAACAGCAGACAUCAAAAAAACUGCAAAUAAAGUCCGGUCUAAAUUAAAAGCAAUUGAACAGAGCAUUGAACAGGAAGAAGGGUUAAACAGAUCUUCAGCGGAUUUGCGAAUUCGGAAGACGCAGCACUCUACUCUGUCUCGCAAGUUUGUGGAAGUCAUGACUGAAUACAACACCACACAGUCCAAGUACCGGGACCGUUGCAAGGACAGGAUCCAGAGACAGCUGGAGAUCACUGGGAGGACAACCACCAAUGAGGAGCUAGAAGAUAUGCUGGAAAGUGGCAAGCUUGCUAUCUUCACUGAUGAUAUCAAAAUGGACUCCCAGAUGACGCAGCAGGCCCUGAACGAGAUCGAGACCCGACACACCGAGAUCAUCAAGCUGGAGAACAGCAUCCGUGAGCUGCAUGACAUGUUCGUGGACAUGGCCAUGCUGGUGGAGAGCCAGGGGGAGAUGAUUGACAGAAUCGAGUACAACGUGGAUCAGUCGGUGGACUUCGUGGAGAGAGCCGUGUCCGACACCAAGAAAGCUGUGAAAUACCAGAGCAAAGCGAGGAGGAAGAAGAUCAUGAUCAUUAUCUGCUGCGUGGUUCUAGGUGUCGUUCUAGCAUCAAGCAUCGGAGGCACGCUGGGGUUUUAAGAAAACGCACCAACAGAACAAACAAACAAAAAACAAAACAUCAAAACAAACCGCGAGGGCUGGGCGGGAGGGAGGGAAAAAACCACGAAAAUAAAAAAAUAAAAGAAUCGUUCAUAAAAACAAAAUACUUUCCACUGAACGCGUCAGAAUCGCUGUUCCCGAAGCGACGACUACAUUUAAACGCGUUUUUUUUUUUGAUUUCCAAAUCGGGUUGUGAAAGACGUUUAAAAGAGAUAUUGUCGAUUAUUUUGGAAGAGAAAAAAAAUAAAAAAUAAUAAUAAUAAUUAUGAAUAUUGACGAGGCUUCUUAAAGCUGUCAAUUUUUAAAAGCCCUCUUUUUUUUUUAAAGCCUCACAUAGAAAAAUAUAUAUAUAUUGAUGUACAUAUAUAUGUAUAUAUAUAUAUUUACGGGGGGGGGGCAAUAGAUAUAGUUGCUCCAAAAUCUUAAGACACUAAAACUGAACUAAAACGAAGCCAGUUUGUGCCUUGAAACGUGGUUUCGAUACAGCAAACCUCCGACUAGACCUCCCGGUGGUCUCCUCGAACCAGCUUUCAUGUUGCUGCAAAUGGUGGCUUCGUAUUCCCACAUUAUGAAAAAACAAAAAAUACGUUUUUAUUCCACAAGUAAGACCGUGUGAAUGAAUGAUAUGACCGGUUUCAACAAAUGCAUGUAUUUAAUUGUCUGUAAAGGGGGCGAGGCUCACCGGGGCGUAUUGUAACAGCGUCUGAUUAAAUUCGCUCUGCUUUUAAAAUUUUAAUUGAUUUAAUUAAUUUGUGGGUCACCCUGUUUCACACAGUCCCGCCCCCAUCAGACAAAAAUAAACAAAUAAGCCAAUCAGCAAGCAGCGUUGGUCUGAUUGACGGAAACGCCUUACACGUGGAAUAAAAUCAAUUUAUUCGCCCUUUUUGUUUUUAAUUUUUUUUAAAGCGCGUUACUAAAAUCUGUUUUACUGUUCUGAGAUUAUGGAGCCAGUUAGUAACCUUAGCAACAGGGGCUGAACUACAUUUCCCAUCACGCCCCGCGUUACCCCUUAAUAAAAGGGAAAGUGUGUCGCGUUUGUGUAUGUUUUAUUAAUAAGAUUUAAAAAGAGAAAACUAAAUUACAAUAACAAAACAACAACAACAACAAAAAAUACAAGGGCUGUAAACAGAGAUUGGUUCACUCCUCCCCUUUUAAAAAAAUAAAUAAAUAAAUUAAUAAUAAUAAUAAUAAUAAUAAUAAUUGUUUACUAAAGGGUUAGUUGAAGCCUGUUCCGAUUAAUUUGGUGGUAUCUGUUACCUUGGAAACGGUUUAACUACAAACUCGAUUGGUAUUCGACUAUUCAGACACCGCAUAUUUUACAAACGAGUAUUAUUAUUAUUAUUAUUUAUUUAUUUAUUUAUUUAUUUAUUUAUUUCUUAGCAGACGCCCGCCUUAUCCAGGGCGACUUACAGUCGUACACAAAAAUACAGUUCAAGUAUCACAUUACAAGUAAUAAUACAAUUAAGAGCAAGAUAAAUACAUUAAAUUAAAAUGUAUUAAACCGUGAGGUCAAUUUUAAAGCUGUUUUUUUUUUCGUUUUUUUUUUUUUUUGUUAAUGGUCAAAAUGUGCCGUUGCAAAACUCUGUCUCCCCUGCAGAUUAAUUGAUCUGGUUGCAAAAAGAAGCGAAUCAAGGCAUUUACGUUAUUUUAUUUACAACACGAUA